ACCCCUUCACUAACACUCACACGGUUGCCAUGGACCUGCAUAAGCAGUGGGAGAACACAGAGGCUAACUGGCACAAGGAAAAGAUGGAAUUACUGGACCAGUUUGACAACGAAAGGAAGGAAUGGGAGAGUCAAUGGAAAAUCAUGCAGAAGAAGAUAGAAGAGCUUUGCCAUGAAGUAAAGCUUCGGAGGAAAAUCAACAUGAAUGAACGCGCUAAGAUCAUCAGUCAUGAUGGUGAGAAAGCAAUUCGAGAUCAAGUGCUGGAAUCUCCAAAUGACCCUAGUUCAGGGCGAUGUGAAUUUACAGGGAUAAAUCACAGGGAUGGUCUGGAAAAAGAAAAUAAAACAGAGCAGAGCUUACUCUGCGAGGGAAAUCAAAUGUGUAAGGAACAAAAAGCAACAAAAAAAUCCAAAGUAGGGUUUAUGGAUCCUUUGGCCACAGAGAACCAAAAAGAUUGUGAGGCCUGCCCUGGUCCGAGGACUUGGAGGGAAGAGAGCAGGAGGUGUUCUGGGGCCCUGAACUUGGCUCUUGAAGAACUUGCCAAAGUUAGUGAAGAGUUAUGCAGCUUUCAAGAGGAAAUCCGAAAGCGGUCCAACCACAGAAGGAUGAAGUCAGAUUCGUUUCUUCAGGAAAUGCCAAAUGUAAUUAAUAUGCCUCACAGAGACCACAUGGUCAAUGAUGGCCAGGGCAUUCUUCCCCUCAAUUUAGAAAAAGAAAAGCAGAAAAAUAGGAAGAACCUAAGUACAAAUGUGCUCCAAAGCAAUUCUCUGAAGACAUGUGAACUUGAUACAACUGAUCUGCAAAGAAAUGAAAUUCCACCACUUCCUCCUCCAAGAAGCACAUCUCGAAAUUUUCCCAGCUCCUAUUCCGAAAAAGCUCAUGAAAGUUUGAAGGAAAGUUUAGAUCACUGCAUCCAGGUGGCCCAAGAGGGUCAAGAUGAAAGGAACUGCAGUUCUGGUUUCCUUUUGAGGCACAAUGAGAUGCCUAUCCUGUGUCUAAAUGAAGGCAAGACUUUGAAAGAUGGUAUCGUGUCUCCUUCUUUGGCCCCCAAAGCCAAAAUAUGUAACAAGCCUUCAUGUAAUGAAAAUGCUGGACUUAGCAUGUGGUCGUAUGACCCUGGGAUCAGUGCAAAAAAUAGUCCCUCUCCAUUGUGGUUUCAGAAAACCUGCUUGACUCCCAGUAAGCCAAAGUGUGAAAAGAUGGUUCCAGAUCACCCUACUAAAGCUCAUCCUGAUCUGCAUAUAAGCAGUGACUAUAGCUCCUUGGUGACAGAGAGCAGCGGCCCACUUAAAAGUUUCAGCUGUGGCUUUAAGAAGACAACUAGGAAUGAAAAACUGGCAGCAAAGACUGAUGAAUUUAACAGAAUCGUAUUUAGAACAGAUAGAAAUUGUCGGGCAAUACAGCAAAAUCAAAGCUACUCAGAAUCAUCUGAAGAUCUUAAGCCCUGUGAUACCUUAAUUACUCAUACAGGUAACAUCUCAGAAAAUGACAAUGUGUCUGAUAUUCUGAAAACCAGUGUCCACGUGCCUGCGCCCAGAGAAAAUGUGCCUGACAAUCCCACCACAAUAUCCACAACAGGCCUCGUUAAACAAAUGCAGGAACACAUGAGCCCUAGCAGCUACCGCAAUAUGCUCCAAGAGCAUGACUGGAGACCCAGUAAUUUGUCUGGUCGGCCAAGAUCAGCUGAUCCUAGGUCAAAUUACGGUGUUGUGGAAAAGCUGCUGAAAACCUAUGAGACGUCCACAGGAUCUGCAGUGCAAAAUUCUGAAUGCUUCCAGGAUAACUGGACCAGAUGUAAUGCUGAUGUCAGCAGUGGGCCCACAUUAAGUCAGCAUUUAGAAAUAGUUCAGUUAGAACAAGAGCUUCAGCAAAAGCCAACUAUGUGUGGAGCACAGCAAGUGAAGCAAGGAGUAGACUGGAGAAAGAUAACAGAGGAAUCCAUGGCAGUGAAAUCUUCACGUGGAAAAGGAUUUUCCCGACCGGCUAGACCAGCAAAUCGCCGUCUCCCUUCCAGAUGGGCCUCGAGAUCUCCAUCAGCGCCCCCUGCCGUGCGGAGGACUGCCCCCAGUUAUACCAUUUCUUUGAGAUCCACAGCAUCAAUGGUCUGAGUCUCUGGCCUGGAUUGCUAGAUGACAAAAGUCCUAAUUGCCAAAUAGAGCAUUCCGAGUGUUUACAGCCAAUCCUGUCUCUUCUCUGUCUUUCAAGAUCACUGGGACAAAUGAUUUCAAUCUUAACUUCCCAUCAGUCUUCAGUGUUUUUAAUCUAUGGAAUAAUUAUCUUCCUGUAUUUUGAUUUCUUAGAUCAGAAUUUUUUAAUGCCAUCCUCAUUAAUUUGCCAAUAUGAUUUUAAGUUGAAACAAUGUACUAUAUUGUAUAUUCUAACUUUCUUGCAAGUGGCAGAAAGCAAGGUUAUGUGCAUGGCCAUGUGUUUGUAGAUGCAUGUGUUACAAUGAGAAGUAUCCUAGUAUGUAUUUAGAUAAGAAAAACAUAUGUGCUAGUGUUGACUUUGAAAUUAUAACCUGUAUACCUAUGUAUCUUUCUGUUUAUUUAAAAUUUUUGAAAAUAUACAGUACUAUUUAUAUUUUGUAUACCUUUUAAUAGGUAUCCAUUUAAGGCAUUUGAGGUAAUUAUAUUAACUGACCACUUUCUGGGCCCCAACAACACUGAAAAAUAAGAAUUAUACACAUUAAUAACAUUUGGUAGAUUUCUAAAUACAGCUCAUAAAUAGUUUCUUAACUGACAUAAGGAUGUACUAAUACCAUUGAUUUCCUUGUUACUCUCUUAAAUAAAUAAAAUUGUCACAGGUUUAAUAGUUCAGGCUUCUAAAGCAAACAUAAAAUGUUCACAAAAUCUUUUGUAUAUCAUUCGGUAGUCUAUUAUGGCUUUAACUGAGUACUUGAUCCCCAGAGCCAUAUUAUGAGACAGCCUUAGAAAUAACAGGACUUAAAAAUGAUCUUAUUUUGUCAACUUCAGUAACACAUAAUCCUUAAAUAGGAUAUGAAAAGAAAUUCAGUUAUGUUGAAUUCUAAUUUUUUGUUAAAUUGUAUAGCUUUUAGUUAAGCUCCUUUAUUUGAAGGCAUAUUUAGAGGUAAGUCAUUUCCUUUUUGUUUUUUUUAACUUUUCCACAAAAUUAGUAGACAAAAACUAAUUCGCUUUUUUAAUUAACAAGAAAUAUUAAGAAUGGUAUUUGAUUGAAAGCUGAAUUAUAAUAUAUUUCUUACAGUUUCUACAUUUAAAAAAAAAGCCUUAAACUAAACCUUGGCAUCCAUGAGUAGCAUAAGAACAGAAAUGUGUAUUUUGGCCAUAAUUUGCAUCCAGUGAACACAUAAGAUCUAUAUUGAGAACUGAAGGAAGUAUGAAUGUUGAAGUGCUUGGAUUUUUAUAUGUAAGAUCUUAGAAGCAACUUUGCUUUCCAUUGUCUCUCUAUAAAACCAACUUUGGUAUUAGAUAUGAAUUCUAUUUAAGCUUUUCUUUAUUACCAGAAAGGUUGAGAAAGCCUAGUGACAUGAGUAUUCAAAGACCUUCUUCUUAUGAUAUAUUUUAACAAUUAAGAGAAAUUCAUUGCAUUAUACAUCAUGAUCUGAGGUAAAGUAAAUGAUUUCUAAAUCCCAGACUGCCUUAAAAGGCUCAAGACUGUUUGUUGUGUGAUGAUAGACAGAUUCAUGUUUUCCAAAAAGGAGAGUUUAUAGGAGUUGAGAUGAAUAAAAUGGCUAGAGUAUGAAGCUGGAGAAGAUGAUAAGUAAGGGCUAGAGACCCACUCUUUUCUGGAAUAGUUUGAGGAGAAUAGGUAUAAACUCUUCUUUAAAUGUUUGGUAGAAUUUGCCUGUGAAACCAUCUUGUCCUGGACUUCUGUUUGUUGGGAGUUUUCUGGUCACUGAUUUAAUAUCUUUGCUGGUAAUUGGUUUGUUCAAAUUUUCUAGUUCUUCCUGUUUCAAUUUUGGUAGCUUAUAUGUUUCUAGGAAUUUACCCCUUUCUUCUAGGUUGUCCAGUUUAUUGGAAUAUAGUUUUUCAUAAUAUUCUCUUAAAAUUGUUUCUAUUUCUGUGGCGUUUAUAGACAUGCUUUUAAUUCUUGUUUCUUUCAGGAAUAUCCUUUUCCAUAGGAAACCUAUCAGAGAAAAGUAACCUAGACACCAAGUGAUAUCACUUACAUCAUAUGCUUUUCAUCUAGAAGGGUGGGGUGGAAAGGGAAGUGGUGGUGUGCAAGGAUGGACCCAUGAGGAAGUUGCUGCUGUGUUACAUUGGAGAGACUGCCCAAGAAUUGGGCAACAUACCUGCUUCCCUCCAUCACUGUAUCCCAGGUAGUCUGAUGUGGAUCUAUGGUUCCUACCUCUAACUACAAUUCAAAAUAUUGAGGAUCUCUUUCCUAAUCUCAUCCCAUAAUUACUAAAGCAGAAUUUCCAGGGGUACAGAGGGGGAUCUGGAGUCUUUAAUAAAACAAUAACAACAACAACCACAAAAAGAAAGCAAACAUUUGGUGAUUAAAGAGAUUUGGAAGCAGUGACUUUGAUGGAUGCUCAAACAGAUGAGCACCAUUGGGUAGUCAUGUUACCUCCCUGGGACUUGAUUUAUUACCUGUAAAAUAAAAGGGUUAUAUACAAUUUUAAGUCACCUUUUCUAUUACUAUUUGAAUGAAACAUUUUAACUUCUUCCUAUGUUGACUAAAAUCUCAUAGAAUAUUAGGGUUGGAAAAAAAAAAAAACUUAGUAUCUAGUCCAACUCCUUGACUGCUAAGAUGAAGAAACUAAAGCAAAGAUUAUUGAAAUAUUCUGUUUUCUCUUUUAAAAUAUUUUAUAAUUUUUUAUGGAAAAACCUAUCAGGUAAAUGGAAAUUAUCCUUCAAAAAUAUUUUUUUAUUAUUGUGAAUUUUAACUGGUAGUUUUUCUACUUUGGAUGGGCAUUUUCUUCCCAAAAACAUACCCUUCAUUAUGCUGGAUUGAAGACAUUUGUAAACAUUUCAGAAAUAUUUGAUUAGAAACACUUGUAUUAAUAGAAGCUUUCCUGAGCAGACUUUUUGGUGGGAAACUCUUAUGUUAUUUCAAGUGAGCAAUUUGAUCUCAGAAAGGAAUAAGAACAAGGCAGAUAAAGUUCUUGAGUUUUUGUGCAUGUGUGUGUGCGUGCAUGUGUGCUUGUGUGUGUGUGUGCGCACACAACCCUUGCACGAGUUCUCUAUGUUGCCUUAUCACCAAAGCCAAAUAUAAAGAUGUAAGUUAUGUUUGCAUAAUUCACUUAUUGAAAAUUAACCUUAACUUUCAUUUGUUUUUACAUAGACAAUGAAGAUGAUUAGCUAUAUCAUGCAUGAUUUACCUCUACAGAGAGAAGGUAACCAGACUCCAUGUCAUCUUGAGAAAAUAUGUGGACCUAAGAAAGAGAAUAUGCUUCCCUGCAGAGAUUUUUAAAAUUAUUUUUAGGCACAUUUCCUGACAAACAGAUACUUGAUAUUAGAAUCUCCUCCAGUGAUUGGAAGUUACUGAAUUAAAUAGGUGUGGAGACACAUGUUGCGGCAUGUCUAUACAUUGAGAAUGUUUUUAUUUUCCUCCUUUCCUAUAGCAGUCUCCAGGAAAGCUAAAAUUUUAUGAAGUCUAAAAUCAAAUAUGUCCACAGUUCAGCCUAGCUUCUCCUAAGAUAUCUCUACAUAAUAAAAUCUAAAAGCCUGCAUGAAUUCCUGCACUUAGCCACAUGUAACCCCAAAUAGCUUCUCAUACCCUGAUAGCCACUCUGCCCAUUUAAACCAUUUAUUGAAUCUGAUUAAUUUUUGUUUGAAAAAAAGUGUACUCCUCUGAAAUUUGCCUUUACAUGUGAAGUUAGUUUAAUUAUUUUAGGUAGACUCAGAUUUCUAUUAUAGUGUUAUUUUGCUUCAAAUUCUGCAUGUUUCUUCUUAAGUAGCAAGUAUCUUCAUUAGAAUGUACAACUAUGACUUAUUGUUUGAUAGAGCCCAGAAUAUGCUCUCUCAAAAAAUGGGCUUCAUAAAGUAAAAAAUUAAAACAAAACAAACAAAAAACAAAGUUGGAGGAGGCAGCUUUCAGGCAAGUGUCUAGUCAACAUUUUUUACUGUAGGAAUUUUUCUUAUCAUAGAAAAUAAUUUUCAUUCCAGUGGGAAAAAGUCAAAAAAUCUUACACAUAUUGCAAUGAUCUUUUGAGUCCAACAUGUAUGAUUGGCAAAUUCUGGUAAGGAAGUUCUGCUUAUAUGAAGCUAUGAUGAAGUCUAGAAAUAAAGUCUAGAAUGGCAAGGAUCAUAAAAGUCAUGUGAAACAAUCCUGAAACUCAGAGGUUUGUAUGACGGCCAAGGUUAUAAGGAUGGUCACCACAGUAGGCUCCAACACCAGUGUCUUGCCUCCCUGUAUGCCUGCGUGCAUCUAUGACUUGAUGGUUUGCAAAGCACACUUACAUACCUUGACUUGUUGACUUCUUCC